AUGGAUUCUCCGCCCGUCUCACUCCUAUCUGAUUACUCACCUACGACACUGGGGAUCUCAUUCGUGUUCGCUAGUAUCAUCAUGUAUACCGCCGUUACCAAGAUGCUCGGUCUGGGCUCUAAGAACGAAUUCGAUGUUGAUGACAGGACUGUUGUCAUUACUGGUGGUUCCGAUGGAAUGGGAAAGUCUGUUGCCUGUCAACUUGCGGCCAAAGGUGCAAAUGUUGUGAUUGUCGCGCGCACCACCUCUAAGCUUAAAGUAGCAGUUGAGCAUAUCAAGUCUUCUGCGACGCACCCCGCUCGACAGAGAUUCCACUACAUCAGUGCCGACCUGACGAAAGCCACGGAUUGCACACGGAUCAUUGACGAAGUCACCGAAUGGAAUAGCGGGGCUCCUCCGGACGUUGUUUGGUGCUGUGCUGGAUACUGCAACCCUGGGUUUUUCGUCGACACGCCAGUUGAUACCUUGAGAGACCAAAUGGACACUGUGUAUUGGACCGCCGCAAAUACCGCGCAUACAACAUUGAGAAGUUGGCUUUCCCCCGUCGCCGCCCAAGACCGGAGCCCGAGACCUAGAAGACAUCUAAUCUUUACAUGCUCCACUCUCGCCUUCGUUCCUGUCGCCGGUUACGGUCCCUAUUCUCCUGCCAAAGCCGCGAUUCGCUCCCUGUCCGACACGCUGAGCCAAGAGAUCGAGAUGUAUAACGGUGCUCGGAGUAGCAUGCACGAUGGCCCGGCUGCGGACAUCAAGGUCCAUACUGUCUUCCCUAUGGGGAUCUUGAGUCCAGGAUUCGAUAAUGAACAGAAGAUAAAGCCCGGGCUAACGAAGCAGUUGGAAGAGGCUGAUAAGCCACAGGGUCCGCACGAAGUUGCCAGUAUCGCGAUCAAGGCUUUGGAGCGGGGCGAAUAUCUUAUCACUACCAUGUUUGUCGGUCAUAUAAUGAAGGGCACUGCUCUUGGGCCGAGCCCGAGAAACUAUCUUGUGCGGGACACAUUGACUAGCUGGCUGAGCAACUUGGUUUUCCUCCAGGUCAUUCCCGAUCUUCGCAAGAAAUCAUGGAAUUGGGGAGUAAAGAAUGGUUAUUCCAUUGCAUCCCGGUGA